AUGGGAAAACCUAGAAAAAACGCUCUGUCUGUAUUAAAUGCAGCAGUGGCAGAUGUUAAAGUAAAGGCAAACAUUAAAGAACCGUGUAGAAAUAAUAUUCCAUUAGUAAGUUAAUAUUAAUUAUCUGAUAUCUUUAUAGACACUUGCCGAUAAUUAUAAAUUAAAUAUCAUGAUCCAUGUAAAUCUGGAGCAUUUAAUUUCGUUAAGUCGUCAUCACAGGAAAAUAUUACCAAGAACUAUCGAUGCGCUUGGUGCAGCGGGAAUGGUCAUAAGCUUGGAGAUAACUGUAACCAAAUCGUGAAAGAACGACGUAAAAUGUGUUCACCAAAGAAAGUUGUCAGUGAGAAAACAGGUAAUUAUGAUGAUCCCGAGUCAUCCAGAUCAAUUAAAUUUAGAACAACGUCACAGAGAUAUUCUCCGUGUGAUUAUGAUUAA